UCAGCCCUUCCCUUCUCCGGCCGUGUCUUGGACCGGUGUUAUUGGAAGGAAACCCCGUGGACUGCAUUCACUCGGACUGUCUAAGAGAAUCAGCUGUACCUUGGUACAUCGACAACUGCUAGUACUCAGUGAGCAGUCAUGAGCGAGGCACCUCAGAAGGAAUUGGUACAAAAGGCCAAGUUGGCCGAACAGGCUGAGCGUUAUGAUGACAUGGCUGCUGCCAUGAAGAAAGUGACAGAGGGCAAUGACGAGCUGUCAAAUGAAGAGCGCAACCUGCUGUCUGUGGCCUACAAGAAUGUAGUGGGUGCACGUCGCUCUUCCUGGCGUGUCGUGUCAAGCAUUCAGCAGAAAGCCGAUGGCAGUGAGAGGAAGGUGGCCAUGGUCAAAGAGUACCGGGAGAAGAUUGAAAAAGAGCUGAAGGAUAUCUGCCAUGAUGUUUUGGAGCUCUUGGACAAGUAUCUGAUUCCCAAAGCAACAAAUGCAGAGAGCAAAGUCUUUUAUUUGAAAAUGAAAGGAGACUACUACCGCUACUUGGCUGAAGUGGCCCAAGAAGAAGAAAAGACUGCCAUUAUUGAAGAUUCGCGGGGCGCAUAUGAUGCAGCCUUUACUAUCAGCAAAGAGGAAAUGCAGCCCACGCACCCAAUUCGUCUGGGUCUUGCCCUUAAUUUCUCAGUGUUCUACUACGAGAUCCUCAAUUCUCCUGAUCAAGCUUGCAAGCUUGCCAAACAGGCUUUCGAUGAGGCCAUUGCAGAGUUGGACACACUGAGUGAAGAAUCCUAUAAAGACAGUACACUAAUCAUGCAGCUAUUGAGAGACAACUUGACACUGUGGACUUCAGAUAACCAAGUGGAGGGAGAGGGCGCAGAGGAACCCCAAGAUUGAACCAGACCCCUGUAGUCAUUCCUGUCUGCUCGCAAUCAUCCUGCAUCAUCUUCAUCAUGAUCAUCAACACUGCAAACACCAUAUCAUCAACAUUUGACUCUCCCAUCUUUUUUAUGCCUCUUCUCAUCUCACUCCUUCCAGUUCACUGUUUUUUUUUCCUGUAGUAACUGUGGGGAAAGGAGGUGAGCAGGGAAGGGCCGUCUUUCUAUGGUGUGAUGGGAGGGUUAAUUUGCAUUUGGGAUUGGAUGCUUGAUUAUUGGCCUUUGUGAGUCAGAGCUGCAAAGGUGUUGCUUUUUAUAGAGUGCUGGGUGAGAGGGCAAGUUAUCAGUUUGUGUGAGGUAGCAAGAUGUAUAUCCCAGUUACAAAUGGUGCUUUUUCGAGUACAAUUAUCUUUGAAGACACAUCCGGGAUUUCUUGUAAACAAGAGCCAGCUCCUUGCAUGUGACUACAGCAGCUGUACUUACCAAGAGGACUCACAGCAAAGUUAAACUCAAUGGUUGUAUAAUGAUUGCUGAAGAUGGAGGGAAUUUUUUUUUUAUAGAGGUUACAUUCCAUUUACUGUCAGUUUUUCAAACUGCUACUCCUUUAUUUCUUUAAUGUGCUGGGGGGACUGCUUUUGUAUUUCUGUUUAUCAAUUUUGAGAUAGAGAAAAUGUCAAGAACAAAAGAGCUCACAAGCAUGUAUUGUUGCUGUUUUGUAUUGGCACUGCAGUAAAAACAAAUCCCAACUUUGAAUAGUUACUGCUUUUUUGGAAUAGGUCUUUUUUUAUCUUUAUUUACCUUUUCUUUCAAAACUUACAUGAACUGUUAAAAGGGUAGUUUGUGAAGAUGUAAUGAUGGUUGUUGGUCUGGUUUUCGUACUUACACAAGCAUAACUGUUAUUUGGGGGAAAUUGUGUAAUUUCAUGUAAGUGGAAUAAAAAAAAAAAAGUUGAGUGUGUCUUUUGGUCUUUUAAAUAAAUUGCGAAUCCAUACAAAUGUUUUCUAUUUUCAAUUAAAAAGAAAAUGUUUAGUUAAAUACAAGGUGAUCAAUGUAUAUAUUUUUUUAAAAAUAAAUAUCCC